AUGAGGUCGAGUUCAAAAAGCUAUCAAGAGAUUAGUAUGAGUGAUCGUCGAAGAAAUCGUAGAAGUAGAAGACGUCAACCGAGCGAUUCAGAUGACAGUGCUGAGGGAAAACAGUCCGAUGAGGACCGCCCACCGACUAUUUAUGUUUGUGAACCAACAAAAUGGACGAUUGCGGAUUCGGAGAUAACUGAUCCAAUCUACGUUCGAGAUAGUGAUGUGUCGCAAUUCGUGCCGCUACCUCAAGCAGAGUCAGAUUACCGUCCUUCAACCGAUCCUCGCAUAGAGGAACACUUUAUAGGUGUACGUUCCAGUGAAGAGGCCGGAUCGAUAGUUAAACCAGACGAUUUUGUGUUGUACUAUAAAAAAGACGCCGACGACGACCUCGACGUCUCAAUUCCCUUAUAUUUAGCACAUAGAAACACAAGAAACAAGCUUUUUCAUUUCCCUGUGGUACGAUAUACGGAAGAUAACGGAUCAAAAUGGUGGCAUGUUCAAAUCGGUAAUAAUAAGACGCAGUCGUUUCGGCAAUUAUCGGAUCUUGUUCGUUGUUAUCAUCUUUAUCGCUUUACGGACGCUCGUACUGGAAGAAUGGAAGUGUUCCCAUUAUGGAAAGGCGGCAUUCUUGAUGACUAUCAAUAA